UGGGCUUACGGAGGUCAGAAAGGGUGGGGAACGUGAAUCCGGCGGUUCCCAGCGCCCGCACCCCAGUCGGUGCGGCUGGGUCCCCGGCGGGCGAGGGGCGCUGCCCUGGGGCGGGUCCUGCGGCCCGAUUCCCGCGCGGGGCGGAGCGACCCCGCCCGUGGCCCCGCCUCCGCCCGGUCCUGGCACACCUGGCCGGCAGGUAGCUGGCGCCCGGGCGCGGUUCUGAGGCUGUCGGUGUCUGCGAGCGGCUCGGCCCGUCCGCCUAAGGGAAGCGCGGCGGCAGAAGCCAUGGACCCCGGCCUGGGGGCCCCUGCGACAGCCGAGGGGCCGCCCGCGCCCCGGCCCCGCCGCUCCCUGCGUCGCCUGUUCAGCCGCUUCCUGCUGGCGCUGGGCAGCCGCUCCCGCCCCGGGGACUCGCCGCCCGGGCCGCAGCCCCAGCCCCAGCCGGGCCGCUGCGACGGCGACGGUGAGGGGGGCUUUGACUGCGUCUCGGGCCCGGCUUUAGCAGCGCCCGGGAGCCCCGGGGAGGAGAGCCCGCCUGGACACCAGCCCCAGCCCCCCGCCGGCGAUGGCGAGCGGCCUCCUGGCGCACAGGGCUUAAAGAACCACGGCAACACCUGUUUCAUGAACGCCGUGGUGCAGUGUCUCAGCAACACCGACCUCCUGGCGGAGUUCCUGGCGCUGGGCCGCUACCGGGCGGCGCCGGGCCGCGCCGAGGUCACCGAGCAGCUGGCGGCGCUGGUGCGCGCGCUCUGGACCCGCGAAUACACGCCCCAACUUUCCGCGGAGUUCAAGAAUGCUGUUUCCAGGUAUGGCUCUCAGUUCCAAGGCCAUUCCCAGCAUGAUGCCCUGGAGUUCCUGCUCUGGUUGCUGGAUCGCGUGCACGAGGACCUGGAGAGCUCCUGCCGAGGGCCAGCGCCCGAGAAGAUUCAGCCUGAAGCCAGUAAAACCUCUGAAAACCUCCCGUCGCCAUCGGCUCAGCUUUCUCUAGGUCAGAGUUUUGUGCAAAGCCACUUUCAAGCCCAAUAUAGAUCUUCCUUGACCUGUCCGCACUGCCUGAAACAGAGCAACACCUUCGACCCGUUCCUGUGCGUGUCACUGCCUAUCCCCUUGCGCCAGACAAGAUUCUUGAGCAUCACGUUGGUCUUCCUGUCUAAGAGCCAGCGGUUCCUGCGGGUUGGCCUGGCCGUGCCGAUCCUCAGCACAGUGGCAGCCCUGAGGAGGAUGGUUGCAGAAGAAGGCGGCUUCCCUGUGGAUGAGAUGAUCUUGGUUGAACUGUAUCCCAGUGGACUCCAGCGGUCUUUCUCUGAUGAAGAAGAUCUUAAUACUAUUGCAGAGGGCGAUAAUGUGCACGCCUUCCAAGCCCCUCCACCAUGUGGCCAGGAGAUGCUCUCAGCAUGUCCAGCUGGCCUGGCAGUGUCCCCGCGCUUUGCAGUCCGUGGUGGUCAGCGGUCAUGCCUGCCCGUCCGUAGUGAGAAUGCGGUGCUGAUCCUCUUCUGUAACUUAGUGGGGUCAGGGCAACAGGCCAGCAGGUUUGGGCCACCUUUCCUAAUAAAGGAAGACAGAGCCAUUUCCUGGGCUCAGCUCCAGCAGUGCAUUCUCAGCAAGGUCCGCUAUCUCAUGAAGAGUGAGGCCCCAGUACAGAACCCAGGAUCUCUGUUCGCCAUCCGGGUUGUGGGGCUUUCUCUGGCCUGCAGCUACUUAUCCCCACAGGACAGCCAGCCCCUCUGUCACUGGGCAGUGGACAGGGCUUUGCAUCUCAGGAGGCCAGGAGGCCCCCCACACAUCAAACUGGCCGUGGAGUGGGAUAGCUGUGCCAAGGAGCGCCUGUUCGGGAGCCUGCAGGAGGAGCGGGUGCCAGAUGCAGACAGUGUGUGGAGGCAGCAGCAGGCUCAUCAGCAGCACAGCUGUACCCUGGACGAAUGUUUUCGGUCCUACACCAAAGAGGAGCAGCUGGCCCAGGGCGACGCCUGGAAGUGCCCGCACUGCAAAGCCCUCCAGCAGGGCAUGGUGCAGCUGAGCCUGUGGACGCUGCCGGACAUCCUCAUCAUCCACCUCAAGAGGUUCUGUCAAGUGGGCGAGAAGAGAAACAAGCUCUCCACGCUGGUGACGUUUCCACUCUCUGGCCUCAACAUGGCUCCCCACGUGGCCCAGAGAAGCGCUGGCCCCAGGCCUGGGCCAGGCCCCUGGCCUUCCUGGAAGCAGCCAGCCUGUGUGCCCACCAGCUACCCGCUGGACUUCCUGUACGACUUGUACGCGGUCUGCAACCACCACGGUAGUCUGCAAGGUGGGCAUUACACAGCCUACUGCCGGAACUCUCUGAAUGGCCAGUGGUACAGUUUCGAUGAUAGCACAGUAGAGCCACUUCUAGAAGAUGAGGUCAAUACCCGAGGGGCUUACAUCCUGUUCUAUCAGAAGAGGAACAGCAUCCCUGCCUGGUCAGCCAGCAGCUCCAUGAGAGGUUCCACCAGCUCCUCCUUAUCUGACCACUGGCUGCUCCGGCUCGGGAGCAAUAACAGCAGCAUGCGGGGAAGCCUGUUGUCCUGGAGCUCUGCCCCCGGCCCCUCCUGGCCCCAGGUGCCUGACACCCCUGUCUUCACAAACAGCCUCUCCAGGCAGGAAAAGGGAGUGUUGGAGUCCAGGCCUUUGGUACGGGGUAUACGAGGCCGAAGCAUCAGCAUGAAGGCGCCCACCCCUUCUCAAGCCAAGCAUGGGCCCUUUAAGACCAUGCCUCUCCGGUGGUCUUUUGGGCCCAGGGAGAAACCACUUGGUGCAUCUGUUGAGUUGGUGGAGUAUUUGGAGUCCAGACGGAGACCUCGAUCCACAAGCCAGUCCAUCGUACCACUGUUGACAGGCGCUGCUGGCAAGGACAUAAUGGCAUCAGUGCCACAGUCAAACGCCGCCCCCUCUGCUGGGGGUGAAGAUAGUGCGUGGGACGGCGAUAUGGUACUGGCUGGAGGGCCCUACCACUCGGGCUACCCCAAGCACUGUGCAGUCCCUGGAGUCCCUGAUGGUCUAAGCACAGCAAAGAAACUCAAACAAAACACAAGUCAGGAUAUCCGGAUUCCCAAACAGUUCGACUUGCCCCUCGUUGUGAUGCCCUCAGUGGAGAAUGAGAUACGCGCCCGGCUGGAAGGCCUGAGGACCACGAACUGUACGGGCAGUGACCAGGCAGGAGGCAGUGGUACAGCGCUGUCCCCCAAGGAGGCCCUGAGCAUUGCGGCCUCUGGAAACCACACAGACAAUCACCAAGAUUCCUUGGACAAGAUCAGGGCCAACUCAGAGGGAAGGGACGCCAGGGCAGACAGAUCCCCGCAGGGGACCCUCACCCUUCUGAGGUCUGUGUUUUGGAAGAAGGAGAAGAAGAAUGACAGGGUGGUGGCUCCCCAGAUGCCCCCAGCCUCCCUGGUGAGUGGCAGGGUGAGCCCAGCUGCAGGCCUCAGGAUUCAGGAGAGCCUGACGCGGACCCCAGCCCACCACCUGGAUGGGGGUGUCCGGUCAGCCCCCAGCUCUCUGCACCUCCCUCGCAAGGCCAGCCAUCCCUUGAGGGCCAGUGCCCUUGGUACAUCACCCAGGAGUGUUCUGGGGGAGCAGGCUUCUUUUGGCACCUUGCAAAAGGUGAAAUACCACACUCUCUCCUUAGGUCGAAAGAAAUCAUUACCGGAGUCUAGCUUUUGAGAGUGUAUUUCCAGUAUUGUGUGAAACUGACAUUCUCACGACCGCGCUGACAGCACUCUGGGUACCUGUGUUGAGAGCGGGAUUUCUGGAAGCCAGUUGUCCCGUGACCCCUGAAAGUGAACAUUUUAAUCUCUGCAUCUAGAUUUCUAAUAUCUUGUAUCCAAAUUACCUUCCUGUAUUGUUGGAUGCUCUUAUACGUCUAGGCCACAAGAGGGUGCUGUUGGAGCAAUGUUACCACUUUAAGGCAAGAACUGAUGUUGCCUUUAACUAAUUCCAGGCCCUAAGUACCAGUACUAAAGGGCGAUUUGGAUGUGGGCAAACCUUAGGACAUAACUAUAGAGAAGCCUAAUUAAUAAGAAUCUUCAAUAUCAAAUCAAGUGUUGUCAUUGGUUUCUCCUUAAAAAAAAUUUUUUUUUUUUUUUAGUAGUGGACUUAACAGAAAAAUCUUUUCCUUUUAAUGCUUCUCUGGAAUAAAGCAUUAAAGAUCCCCAAAAUGUGGGAGUGACAAUAAGUCAGGAUUCUUGGGGGGAAAUGGGGAGAAACAAUUGAGAUUUUAGGAGAAUAUUUAAUAUAUAACAGAAUAAUUGUAUUAAAGAUUUUUGAGGUAUUUAAAGAAGAACUAUUUUGAUACUAGGGUCAAAGGAGGGUCUUUUUUAAAAACAUGUAAAUAUGAGAUCUAUGUACGAUUUUAAUAAAAGCCUGCCAGUGAAACAA